UGGAGCAGUUGGCUGCUAUGCGAGCGGCCAUUGCAGAGCUGAAAUUGCCCGAGACGAAUGGCCAACCGCAGAAUACGGCGGCAGAUGAUGCUGAUCUGGAUUGGGACUUGGAUGAUGAUGACUUGUCGCCAGCGUCGGGAGAUGACAUUUGGGACUUGAUCAGCGAAGAGGAGCAAGACUCGUUCAGCGAGGAGAGCGCAGACAUGGUGACCACGGCAGGGCCAGUGAAGGAUGAUUCUCAGGAAUGGCUGCAAGCACAAUGUCAGACUGUGGCCAGCAAGGGCAGUGGACUCGAAGCCGCCGCGCUGCAGGACCAGAUCAUGGCCGUGUUGGCUUCGGACAGUAGCGAUGACGAGCUGCAAAUGACUUUGGCGGACAUUCUGGGCUUCGAGGAACUCGAUCUAGUUUCGGAUAUACUGAAAAAUCGAAAGUCCAUCCUUUCUGCUCCCGCUCCUGCCCCUUCUCGCCCUUCUGGCAUUCUCUCCAAGACCGAGCGUGAGGCUCGUCUGCGUGAGCAGGACCGUUCACAUAAAAGUGCGCCACUUGCUGCAGCCCAGAAUCGAUCUCAAGCCGAGUAUCCGCAUAUCUAUAAAGCCCAUGAUGCUGGAAAUACACUUUCAUUUCAAGGGCAGAAGUACGCGCUGCCAAUGGGUAGCGAGCGACUGGAACGCGAAAAGUACGUGGAACACAGCAUUCCUGCCACCAAAGUUGGCGUGCUUGGUCUGAACCGGAAACUCGUGGAGAUCAAGGACCUCGAUGGCUUGUGCAGUCGCACUUUCAGCGGCUACAAGACUCUCAAUCGCAUGCAAAGUCUGGUCUAUCCGGUGGCGUACCACACGAGCGAGAACAUGCUCAUUUGUGCUCCAACUGGUGCGGGUAAGACGGAUGCAGCAAUGCUCACGAUCCUCAAUACUGUGGCGAAGAAUAUACAUCCUAACCCAAUCGAGGAACCUGACGCUACCGAAUUUGCUGUGCACGUCGGGGACUUCAAGAUUGUCUACGUGGCGCCCAUGAAAGCUCUCGCAGCUGAAAUUACAGAAAAGCUGGGAAAGAGGCUUGCUUGGUUGGGAAUUCAAGUCCGCGAGUUGACUGGUGACAUGCAACUUACCAAAGCAGAGAUUGUGGCCACUCAGAUCAUCGUAACAACGCCCGAGAAGUGGGAUGUUGUCACGAGGAAGUCUACGGGCGACACGGAACUGGUGCAGAAAGUGAGACUACUGAUCAUCGAUGAGGUGCAUAUGCUCCAUGAUGAGCGAGGUGCAGUGCUGGAGUCUUUGGUUGCGAGAACAGAACGACAAGUGGAGAGUACCCAGUCUCUGAUCAGAAUCGUUGGUUUGAGUGCUACGCUGCCGAAUUAUGUUGACGUCGCGGAUUUCCUCAAGGUGAAUCGUAUGGCUGGACUGUUCUUCUUUGAUCAGUCCUUCAGACCUGUACCACUUCAGCAGCACUUUAUUGGUGUCAAGGGCAAUCCUGGAACGAAGACGAGUCGCGACAAUCUCGACAACGUUGCUUUCGAGAAGGUCAAGGAUAUGCUGGAGCGCGGACACCAGAUCAUGGUGUUUGUGCAUAGUCGGAAGGAUACUGUCAAAACUGCGAGAACGCUGUACGAGAUGGCCACCGAGCAGGGACUGACAGACUUGUUUGAUCCUAGUAUGUCGGAUGGCUACACACAAGCCCUGAAAGAUGUCAAGCAGUCCAAGGGCAGAGAGAUAAGGGAGCUCGUCGCCAAAGGAAUGGGAACGCAUCACGCUGGCAUGCCUCGCUCAGACCGCAACCUCAUUGAGCGACUCUUCGCACAGGGGGUGCUGAAAGUGCUGUGCUGCACCGCGACUCUGGCCUGGGGUGUCAACUUACCUGCUGCGGCCGUCAUCAUCAAAGGCACACAGCUAUACAGCGCUGAGGCGGGUAAAUUCGUGGAUGUUGGAAUCCUGGACGUCUUGCAGAUCUUUGGUCGUGCUGGUCGACCGCAGUUUCAGGACACCGGUAUUGGUAUGAUCUUGACCACCCAUGAUAAGUUACAGCAUUACUUGACUGCUGUCACGCAACAGCAACCCAUCGAGAGUCAAUUUAGCAAGAAGCUGAUUGAUAAUUUGAACGCGGAGAUUGCGCUGGGAACGGUCACGAGUGUUCCUGAAGCUAUCGCCUGGAUGGGCUACUCUUACUUGUUCGUUCGCAUGAAGCGCAACCCGACCGCGUAUGGUAUCGAGUGGGCGGAGAUUGAGCGAGACCCCAAUUUGGUGCAGCGAAGACGCGACCUCAUCAUCAGAGCGGCUCGAGUGCUCCAGCAGAGUCAAAUGAUCAUCUUCAACGAAACGACCGAGGAGCUGCGCUCGAAGGACGUCGGCAGGAUUGCCAGUCAGUUCUACGUGCUGCAGACGAGCGUGGAAAUCUUCAACACCAUGAUGCAACCGCAAGCGACAGAGGCGGACGUCUUCAAGAUGAUCAGCAUGAGCGGAGAAUUCGACAACAUCACUAGUCGAGACAGCGAAGAGAAGGAACUGAAGCGGUUGAAAGACAGUGCUGCACCCUGCGACAUUGAAGGUGGCAUCGGAACCCAACAAGGCAAGACAAAUGUGCUUUUGCAGUCCUACAUCAGCAAAGCGAAUCUUGAAGACUUCACGCUGGUAUCUGACACGGCCUACGUGGCGCAAAACGCAGCACGUAUCUGCCGGGCUCUGUUCAUGAUUGCGUUAAACCGACGAUGGGGCUUUCAAUGCUUGGUGCUGCUCAGCAUGUGCAAGAGCAUCGAGAAGAGAGUGUGGCCUUACGAGCAUCCGUUCCAUCAGUUUGACCUGCCGCAGAGUGUGAUCAGGCAGUUGGACGAGAAAGGGAGCACUGCGUCGAUCGAGUCCUUGCGAGACAUGGAGAGCGCGGAGAUUGGCAGCUUGGUUCACAACCAGAAGAUGGGUGGCGUGAUAGGGAAGCUCUUGGAUAACUUCCCAACAGUCUCUGUGGAAGCAGAAAUUGCGCCACUGAAUCGUGAUGUACUCCGUGUCAAGCUCUUCAUUACGCCUGAGUUCAGAUGGAACGAUCGCCAUCAUGGCAAGAGUGAAAGCUACUGGAUCUGGGUCGAGAAUUCCGAGACGAGCGAAAUAUAUCACCAUGAGUACUUUAUCCUCAGUCGGCGAAAGCUGUACGAUGAUCACGAGCUGAGCUUCACGAUUCCGCUGUCGGACCCGUUGCCGAGCCAGAUUUAUGUUCGUGCAGUGAGUGACCGAUGGCUGGGUGCAGAGACUGUUUUCCCCGUGUCGUUCCAGCACCUGAUAAGACCAGACACCGAGAGCGUCUACACAGACCUCCUUAACUUACAGCCUCUUCCCAUCAAGGCUCUCAAGAAUCCUUUGCUCGAGGAAAUCUAUGGUCAGCGGUUCCAAUUCUUCAAUCCCAUGCAGACGCAGCUCUUUCAUUGCAUGUACUACACACCCGCCAACGUCCUUCUCGGCUCGCCGACAGGAUCUGGAAAGACGAUCGCGGCCGAAUUGGCCAUGUGGUGGGCUUUCCGUGAGAAGCCUGGUAGUAAAGUCGUGUAUAUCGCUCCCAUGAAGGCACUUGUCCGCGAGCGUGUGCAGGAUUGGCAGAAACGGUUGACGCGACAGAUGGGGCUCAAACUGGUCGAAUUAACUGGUGAUAACACGCCUGAUACACGAACAAUCCGUGACGCGGAUAUCAUUGUCACUACGCCCGAGAAGUGGGAUGGUAUCUCGCGUUCUUGGCAGACGAGAAGCUAUGUUCAGCAAGUCAGUCUCGUCAUCAUUGACGAAAUUCAUCUUCUCGGUGGUGAUCGUGGACCGAUCUUGGAGAUCAUUGUGAGUCGUAUGAAUUACAUUGCCUCACAAAAGAAAGGCUCUGUUCGAAUCGUAGGCAUGAGCACGGCUUGUGCCAAUGCCAUGGAUCUGGGCAAUUGGCUUGGUGUCAAAGAAGGAUUGUUCAACUUUCGGCAUUCGGUUCGUCCUGUCCCUCUGGAAAUCUACAUCGAUGGCUUCCCAGAGCAAAGGGGAUUUUGUCCGCUGAUGGAGAGCAUGAAUCGCCCUACGUUCUUGGCUAUCAAGGCCCACAGCCCCAGUAAGCCUGUGAUUGUGUUUGUGGCAUCGCGAAGGCAGACCAGACUUACAGCGCGGGCGUUGACCAACCUUUGUGGGAUGGAAGAUAAUCCUCGCAGGUUCAUGCACAUGUCCGAGGACGAUUUGGCGCUCAAUACGGAACGUGUCAAGGAUGAUGCGCUUCGAGAGGCUUUGAGCUUUGGUAUCGGCUUGCAUCAUGCUGGUUUAGUGGAAUCGGAUCGUUCGCUUGCGGAAGAGCUGUUCGCAAACAACAAGAUUCAGAUACUGGUGGCGACGAGUACCUUGGCAUGGGGUGUCAAUUUACCUGCUCAUCUGGUUGUCGUGAAGGGUACGCAAUUCUUCGAUGCCAAAAUCGAGGGUUACAAAGAUAUGGAUCUGACUGAUGUGCUUCAAAUGCUGGGACGAGCUGGACGUCCGCAAUUCGACACUUCUGGUAUCGCGAGAAUCUUCACUCAGGAUUCGAAGAAGCCGUUUUACAAACACUUCUUACACACGGGAUUCCCUGUCGAGUCCAGCUUGCACAAUGUGUUGGACAACCAUUUAGGUGCAGAAGUCUCGGCAGAAACAAUCGCCACCAAACAAGAUGCGCUGGACUACUUGACAUGGACAUUCUUCUUCCGACGUCUUCACAAGAACCCAUCGUACUAUGGCCUUGAGAUCUCAGCGGAAGAGAACAACACUAUAGCCGCACAACAAGCUGCUAACGAGUUUAUGAUCGAAAUGGUUGAUAAGUCUCUGAACGAACUCGCAGAGUCUCAAUGCAUCACCAUCAUGCCCAACGGUGACAUUGACCCUACCCCUCUGGGCAAGAUCAUGAGUUACUACUACCUCUCCCACAAGACCAUUCGCACACUCGUCGAACACGCCAAACCCACAGCCACUUUCGAGGACGUAUUGAACUGGAUGUGUCGUGCAACAGAAUACGACGAACUCCCCGUCCGGCACAACGAAGAUCUCAUCAACGCUGAACUGUCCAAAAACCUCCCCAUCGAUGCCGAGAACUUGGGCAUGGUGAUGUGGGAUCCCCAUGUCAAAGCACAUCUUUUACUUCAAGCUCAUUUUUCGAGAAUCGAUUUACCCAUUAGUGAUUACGUGGGUGAUCAGAAUUCCGUUCUCGAUCAGGCUAUCCGUAUUUUACAGGCCAGUAUUGACGUCUUGACGGAACUGGGGUAUAUGCAGAGUUGCAAGAUGAUGAUGACACUGUUGCAGUGCGUCAAAAGCGCGAGAUGGCCCGACGAUGGACCCUUGUCUAUCUUUCCAGGAAUUGGAGCUGAGCGAGAAAAGAAGCGAAUUGCUUCUUCUUCUUCUGAAAACUCCCGACCCCAAAAUCUCAUCGAUGCCACAACCUGUCCCAAAGGAAUCUUGGACAGCGUCCUAAAGAGUCUCGGACUCCCUCCCGCCAGUCACGGACGCGUCCUGAAACCUCUAGGCCAAUUACCCCAAUUGCGAAUCCAAGUCACCGAUGUCACCGCUCUGGGAUUGAGCGUCCAAUUCUCUCGAAUCAAUCCUGUGCAGGACGCUGCUGCAUAUCGCAUCUACGCGCCCAGAUACCCGAAACCGCAAACCGAAGGAUUCUUUCUCGUGGUGCAUGAUGCAGGAAACGGCGAGAUUUAUGCGAUGAAGAGGGUCAGCUGGCCUAGUCCGGAGAAGAGCGGCGGCGGCGGCGGCGGCGGUGGUUCUGGUGGUCGACGAGGAGGAGGAGGAAGCAACAGGCUCAAUACGAAGAGUAGUGUGAAACUACCCGAGGCAUUCGAGGAGAGGAACGUGAAAGUCUUGGUGGUGAGUGAUAGUUAUAUUGGCAUGGAGUGGACGGUCGAGAAUGUAGAAAUCCCGCCUGUUCCAAAAGUUGUGGAUGAUGGGUUGAAGAAGGGGAAAGAGUAAUAAAGUCAGGCAGGGUACGGUACAGCAAGGUACAUAGCUAAGGUAGGUUACCUAUAUGUAAAGGUAGGGUAUGGCAAACCACAAAGAGGACUGGGC